UCUGCUGCAAGUCAUUUGCACUGGCAUUGAAAUCUACAUUCUAAUGUUGAAUUCCUAACGUUUUAGAAUUGUAGGCUUCGAUGUGUUUUUCCCCAUGACUAAAUUACCCAGUGUCCAUUUCUCUCUCUCAAUUUCACUCACUUCCAUGCUGUGCAUUUCGCAUAGGCCAGUGGUAUAUACCACGACAUUCUCUGUAGUUGUUUUCCUACAUUUCCAUGCAGCCCAUCCAUAGUACUCGAUAUUUAAAUACUUGUAUACAUAUUUUUCUCACUUUUUUUUAAAGAACUGCACAUUUGGUGACACUUGCAAAAUUGAGCCCGGUAUAUCGAGUGCACGCAUGCCACGACGGGGUAGGUUACUGGGCGGUCAGAAGAACGAGCGCACCCAAAUUGAAAGACCAGCCCUCAACCGAGUAUAGGCUACUGCUACGCGUAGAUUAUAAUGGUCGGUCGUGAGAAUGGAUCUAGUCUCUAAACCCAAAGUCAAAUCCGCAAUUUGGGUGCAUUUUGGUUUUAAGCCAAACGAGAAAGGAGAGCCUCAGAAUAUUGAUGAGGCGGUUUGCCGGUUAUGCCGGAGGAUUGUUUUUGUCAAAGGAGGAAACACGAGCAAUCUAAGACAUCACCUGCGACUACGACACCCUGAUAUAUUUUCUGAGUUUAUAUCGGCAACGUCUGGGCAUGGGUACUAUUUUGAGCCAUCAGGUUCAGAGCAGAGUCACCACUACAACAACGACAACGGCUCCCAAGGAAACUUCGGCAGUGGCCAUGGUAACUUCGGCAGUGGCCAUGGUAACUUCGGCAGUGGCCAUGGUAACUUCGGCAGUGGCCACGGUAAUGACAGAUCGCUUCACUUCAUCCCAGACAUGGUGGUCUGCGGUGAGCCAUGGUUGGAUGGCGGUGACCCCCGUGCGGUGGGUUCCAUCCCCCCGUGCCUCAGCCUGCGGAGGUGGGGCAGUGGGCCUGUGCCUGGGGGGUCAGCGGAGGAGGAAGAGACUGGGGUGUUUGCCAAGACCCUGUCACUGCAUCAGGGGUGGACGUUUGGACCCUUCAUAGGAGAGUUGACCCGCGGCCCUCUGAGUUGCCUCAAAUACGCCUGGGCUGUGAGUAUGGAUAUUAGCCUGGGCUGUCAGUAUGGACAGAUGGAUAUUAGCCUGGGCUAUGGAUAUUAG